AUGAGGUUUGGGGGUGGUCUCCUUGCUGGUGGUGGUGGUGGCGUGCGCUUUCUGGGUGGUGGUGGUGGUGGGUUGAGAUUUUGGGGUGGCGGUGGUGGCGGAAUGAGGUUUGGGGGUGGUCUCCUUGGUGGUGGUGGCGGAAUGAGGUUUGGGGGUGGUCUCCUUGGUUGUGGUGGUGGCGGCGUGAGCUUUUUGGGGGGUGGUGGUGGUGGGUUGAGAUUUUGGGGUGGCGGUGGUGGCGGAAUGAGGUUUGGGGGUGGUCUCCUUGGUGGUGGUGGCGGCGGCGUGCGCUUUUGGGGUGGUGGGUUGAGAUUUUGGGGUGGCGGUGGUGGCGGAAUGAGGUUUGGGGGUGGUAUCCUUUGUGGUGGUGGCGGCGGCGUGCGCUUCUGGGGGGGUGGUGGUGGUGGGUUGAGAUUUUGGGGUGGCGGUGGUGGGUUGAGGUUUUGUGGCGGCGGCGGCGGCCUGUUUUUUGGGGGUGGUCUCGGGUUGCUCUUUGGGGGUGGUGGUGGGUUAAGGUUUGGUGGUGGUGGGCGUAAGUUUGGGGGCGGUGGUGGUGGGCUGAGGUUUGGGGGUGGUGGUGGGUUGAGUUUAGGUGUAGGUGGUGGUGGCGGCUUGUGUUUUUGGGGCGGAGGUGGCUUGUGUUUUUGGGGCGGAGGUGGCUUGUGCUUCGGGGGCGGUGACAUUGGUCUCUUACGUUUGCCACCAAAUGGCAGCAACUCUUGUUCAAGGGAGUUUGCUGCUUCCAAAGGAGGAGGACGCUUAUAA